AAUAGGAAUAACAGUUCUUUACUAGGAAUAUUAAAAAUACAAAUGCAGUAGUACAAACAAACCCAAACAUGCAAACAAACAAAAGUCCUUGAAAACCCUGACAGACAUGACCUGACACGCUGGGUGUUGGAAGCAGUCCAAAUAAAUCCUCCUGGAGUAACAGAUGUUAUUCUGUGAAGUAGAGAUGAUCCUGUAGAACAAAGGGUCCAGUGCUGGCAAGAUGGAUCUGGUCUUCCUCCAAGCAUUCAGUGGAAAACAGGCUAAAAUUGGUGUUUGGGAUUGCUGUUUUAUCCCAGUGGAAAGGCUUUGGCUCCUCCCGCUGGGUGGAGCAUCUCCCAAUGGGAUGAGGUGAUGUUAUCAGUCAUGUGAGAGCCUUCAAUGGCCCAUUCACAGGUGAUGUCCCUCGGAGGAGGAUGGGUGGAGGAAGAGAUAAGAAGGCACUGCCUUAUCUGGUGUUAUCAGGUGUCCCAUUAACAUAAGGCAUCCGCCCUCUUAAGAACAAUAUCUCCCAACCUGUUUGAACAGAUGAAAAUAGAAUACACAUUUUUGGUUACCUUUUUCAACCCAAGACAGACUUGUAUGAAACAGCUGGGACUAUUCAGCCUGGAGAAGUCUCUCAAGGAUCUGAUCCAUGUGUAUAAAAACCUAGUGGCAGGGAGUAAACUUUUUAAUGUUUAAACAGAUUUUUCCUAUAUUUCAGUUUGUGCCUUUUGCCUCCUGGCCUCUCCCUGACACUGCUGAGGGGGCAAGAGGCAAAAGGCAUGGACUGAAAUAUAGGAAAGUCUGUUAAAACAUAAAGAAAGUUUAAUCUCAGAAUGAUCAAGCACUGGAACAGGUUGCCCAGAGAAUGUGUGGAAAUAUCCUUCAAACUGUUCAAAACCAAACUGGACAUGGAUUCAGACAAUGGCUCUGAGCAAAGGGUUGGUGAAAGCCUCAGGAGGUUCCUUCCAGCCUCAGUGAUUGUGAACAAGGCCACCACCGUGGGCUCUAACUCCAAAAUAUCUCACAGCAUCAGCCUCUCUGGUGAAUGCAGCUGCAGCUACCACAGACAAACAGCUCCCAGCACCUUUGCUUUGUGGCUCUCUUCACACAGGUCUUUCCUGUCCCUGAGCACCUGCAGUGACCCUCCUCCCCUUUCACACUGUGACCCAAAGAGCCACUGCAGCAUUUCAUGUCACCAUGCUUCCCUGCCCCCUUCCUCCUGAGCACCUCACAAAUGCCAGAUGCUAUCCAAGGGUCUUAUCAGCCUGUGGUUCAGAGAUAUCUGCCCUGGCUCCUGCCUUACACACUGGCUGUUCCUCCCGUGACAGGCACGCCCAGGACUCUGGAUGCCUGUUUGUCUCCUGAGGGCUGUGAUCAGCACGCACAUCUCUGUGGUUAUGGGAUGGCUGCAAGCUGCAGAAGCCUUGUGGUGGAGCAGAGCAAGUGGAUGUUAUCUCCAGGGUCCUGUGCCUGGUGCUCUCCCCUGCACAGCCUCGUCUGACAGCUGUGCUGCAGCGCUUCCUUUGCCUGUGCCACCCAGUGCCUCCUGAGGCAGGGACAUGGGGCAUCCUGCCAUCCUUCACUCGCCACGGCAGUGCCUGAGGGCACGAGCUCCAGGCAGCCUCUUCUGUUCUCUCACAGCUCCCACGGCCAGGAGGGCACCCGUCGUGCUGACUGAAGAGCAGCCAACCACCGAUGCAGCACUGCAAAAAAGCAGUGCAACAGCUGGCAGGUACCAGGGCUCAGUGUGCAGUGAAGAAGGCCCCACUAGCAGCUGAUUAGUGACACCAAUUAAACAGCCCAUUACUGAGCCCUCUGGGCCCUACAGCUCUGCCUGUCCCCUCCACUUCUGUAAUGCAGAGUUUGACCAGUGAAGCUCUUUGCCACCCAUGUGAGGUGCCAAGGCCUUGCUUUAGUUGCCAUCUGGAGCUCUCUGGUGGUUUGGCUGUAGCUGUGCUCAAACAGGGGUGCAGGCCAGAGCCCUAAUGCUGGCUCCAUCAUGACCCUCUCCAUCCAUGCCCCAGGCACCAAACCCAACCCAGGGCACCAUCUGAGUGGAGCAUUUGAGGAGGGCUGGGAGGCUUUCCUACACUGCUUGCCAAGCUGCUCCGUGUGCCCACCUCCAUGCCCAGAGCUGUGCAAGCACAACUCAACACUCAGGGGCACCUCUAGCUGCGUGGGGUGAUUCAGACCAGGUAUUCCGGGCUUUACUUAGCUUAGACUUCAGCACGGCAUUUCAAAUCCCCAGUUGCAGAACAUCUCUGUUAGCCAUGGAACACAGCUUUUAGGAACUGCAGAGCAGCGAGGCACCAGAGCUCACUGUAAAGUAGUGCCACCAUUGAUUUGACCAGAAGGUUGGCAUUCAAAAUCUGACUGAUGUGCAGUCUGCUCUUACGUAGGAGGAGGAGGUGCUAUGGAAACCCUCAAGUAGCAGGGAGCUGUUGGUGCCAGGCACUGCCCUGCACAGGCAGCCCCUGCCUGUCCUCCAGCCCCGGUCUCCCUGCUCAGGCUGCACAGACCCUGCCUGCCCUGCCUCGGGGAGCACCUGCUGCUGACUUUGUACGGUAAAUUCCAGGUCUCAGGACAUCAUACAACAUCUGUAACUCAGGACAAUGAAUGUGUCCAACAACUGCAGCACCACAAAUCUAGCACUGCACCGCCAUGUUCGCCUCAUUGAAUUUGCUCUGUACAGCCUCAUUUUCUUUUUUGGAGCAUUAUUUAAUAUCCUUGCCUUCUGGAUGUUCUGCUGCAAGAUGAAGAAGUGGACAGAAACCAGGGUGUAUGUAAUGAAUUUAGUCUUUGCAGAUUUCUCUGUCAUCUGCACCUUGCCUUCCAUGGUUUAUUUGCUCUGGAAUAAGUCAGCCCAAGAGGAGCUCUGCCAAUUUACGGAGAUGAUGUAUUUUAUCAACAUGUUAGUGAGCAUCUACAUAAUUUCAUUCAUCUCCAUUGAUCGAUACAUUGCCAUAAAGCACCCCUUGAAAGCCAAGACCUUCAGGUCCCCGUCAAAGGCUGCCCUCCUCUGUGGGCUUCUGUGGGUCCUGGUGAUAGCCAGUGCCACCAUCCAGCUCUGGCACAGACACAAACCUCUCUGCCUCCAGACCCACACCCCCAUGCCUUCUGUUCUCAGCCUGCUGGCCAUCUUCUUUGUCUUCACUCUCCCAUUAGCAAUCUUGACCUUCUGCUCCACAGAAGUCAUCAGGAACCUCAAGAAACAUCUGAACACAAAUUCACCAGAGGAUAAAUCAAUCCAGAAAGCUGUACACAUUAUUUAUGCAAAUCUGAUUGUAUUUCUGGUAUGUUUUCUGCCAGCCUGCCUUGGGCUACUUGUCAGGAUCAUCAUGGAGAGCAUUGGAGCUACCUGUUUUCUGCUCUGUAUCAUGAAGAACCUCUCCUCUGUGAUGAGGUGCAUUGCCACAUCCAACUGCUGCUUCGACAGUGUCUGCUACUAUUUUGUCACCAGGGAGUUCCAAGAAGCCUUUCUUCAGCCCAAAGCCAGCACUCAAAAAACAGAGGCAACCCACCCCUUGCAGAUACAGCCUUGCUAAAGGAAAAAGGGGGACAAAUCCCACCCCCAACAUCUGCAACACAAAGAGGAAAUACAGCUUCAGGGCUAUUGGGAUAAGUAUUGCUCUUUUUCUCUAGCAAGUUUUUUGUUAGGUUUAGAAAUCUAUUCUCUAUAUUUCUAUUAAACAAAUAGGUCAUAGAAAUGUGUAGAAGUGUGUUUGUAAUAACUUGUUAAUGUGCCUCCAUUCCACUCUCCAGCACCUACUUGUUACUCUUACAGGAAGACAGGUGAGCCAUGUACCUCUUUUAGUUCCUUCUGCAGCUAAAAUCUAUUGAUCCUUCUUGCCAACAUGUACAAGUGUAUAUAUUGCAUUUUACCUUAUUGUGUAUUUCAGGUUGUUUGCAUUAUUAAACUAAUCCAGUUUAUAUUUAUCUCAUCCCUUUGGCAGGCUGGGUUGGGGGGCUGUUCAGUGGUUCUGGCCUAUUAUUAAGUACAUGUCCCUACAAAACAGCCUAGGCUGUCCUGACCUCCUUCCCCUUCAACUCAACAGGUCAGACAGGUGUGAAGGAACACUUUUGGGAUGAAUGCAACACUUUUCCAAUGCCAUAAAGGCACAAAGUCCAGCUUUCAGAGC